AUGGCGGCGCAAGACGGCCCGCCUCUCCUCCGGCCGAUUCCACGACGGCCCUUUGGCCCCUACUCCUCCCAAGACCGACUCGCACCCUACGACCCCGAACCCCGAAUCCAGUACGACCCCCACUCUCAACUCCUGAGCCCCAACUUCGCCGAGGGCGACGGCCUAGCCCGCUCCCAGUCCGUCCUCAACUUGACGUCCUCGACCCUGUUUGGCAUAUUCGGCCCCGCCACUCCCAACCGGGACCGGUUCGAUGACGAGCCCGAAACGCCCUGGGGCACCGGUGCCCAGACGCCCGUGAGGCGGCCAGACCUCGACGACGAGACGUACAAGCUCCUGACGAACCUCCUCCUCCCUGUCGCAGCGGCCACGCUCGCCCUCCCCUCGUCCACAGCGCUCGCCUGGUCCAUUGGCCCGCGGGUCGGCUUGCUCUUCCUGCUCGGCAUGGGCUACGGCGCCCUCACCAUCAUGGCCAGGCCGCAGCACGGCUGGGCCUACUUGGUCGCGUGGGGCAUCUCGGGCGUCGCCCUCGGCGCGCUCCUGCCCUGGUUCGACGGCGUGUGGCAGAUGACAUUUGGACCCGAGGUAGCGGAAACUACGGCCGCGACCAAGGAGAAGGGCGGGCGUGCGGGAUCUAGGACGGACUGGUCGCAUGCGGUCCGUAGCAUCGGUGCCUUUGUCGGCAUAGUAUUCGCCUUGCGCAAACUCCCUUGGGUCUCCACGCUCCAAGUCUCCCUCGCCCUCGCCCUCGUCAACCCUUUUCUAUGGUACCUCGUCGACGGCACCAAGCCCGGCCUCCUCCUCUCCGCCGCCGUCGGCUUCGCGGGGAGCGCCAUCCUCAUCGGCAUCAACCCGGACGCGAUGCCCGUGCCCUCCCUGGCCUUCCACCCCGGCCACGCCGCUGCCGCCGCCCAUAACGCGUCGGACAACACGCUCAACCACGCGGCCUCGACGGCGGGCGGCUUCGCGUCGCAGCAGACGCUCGAGGCGGGUAUCUGGAUGCUCAGCGUCUUGUUUUGCAGUUGCGUUUGCUUUGGGAAUAUUGGGCGGAGGUUAGCGUUGAGUAGGGAGGCGGCGGUGGCUUGA